AUGGACAAUAAUUUCUCCAAGGCAUUGGGCUUGCUCCAAGAACCGCUCGAAUGGCUGCUACUUGCAGACCAACCAUCUUGCCUUGUGGCUGACAUGUUUUUCCCUUGGGUAACUGAUGCUGCUGCAAAAUUUGGCAUUCCAAGGCUGGUUUUUCAUGGGACUAGCUUCUUUGCUUUGGCUGCAUCAGAUUGUGUGAAGCGAUAUGAGCCUUUCAAGAACAUGUCAUCUGAUUCAGAACCCUUUGUCAUGCCCAAUCUUCCAGGGGAGAUCAAGAUGACAGGAGCCCAAGUGCCUUAUUUUCUGAAGGAGAAUAUUGAUAAUGACUUGACACAAUUAAUGAAACCUCGAAAGCCUUUCAAGAACAUGUCAUCUGAUUCAGAACCCUUUGUCAUGCCUAAUCUUCCAGGGGAGAUCAAGAUGACAGGAGCCCAAGUGCCUUAUUUUCUGAAGGCGAAUAUUGAUAAUGACUUGACACAAUUAAUGAAACGUGCUCAGGAAUCUGGGAUUGUUGUCAAUAGUUUCUAUGAGCUCGAACCUGUUUAUGCAAACUAUCACACAAAGGUCUUGGGGAGGAAGGCAUGGCAUAUUGGCCCUCUUUCUCUGUGCAACAGGGACAAUGAGUAAAAAUCAUAAAAACAACAUUCUAGUUGUAUACUUGCAUCUGGAUUUAGUUCAUUAGUUGUAUUUGGUUAUGAA